CUUUUACAUAGUGACACAGACACACGAUAUCUCUCCGUUACUGCUUCUCGCUGGGAGAUCACCCCAAAACAAAUUCACCUCCAAAGCAUACUGGGAACUGGGGCAUUUGGAGAGGUUUGGAAAGCUGUGGUCUACGGAAUGAAAGGACACCCUGACGAGACUACAGUGGCUGUCAAGAAACUAAAACGUAACUAAGGCCUAAGUUUACUACAUUUAGGCAAGGUCUUAUACAGUUGAAAAAAAAAAAAAUACAUAAACGUGGUUUACGACUAGGUUAGGAAGGAAUUCGAGGGUAUUCGGAAUCUCGACUUGUCAUAACUUAAAUAUGUUUUUUUUUUAAAUUUUAAAAGUGUAUAAAUCAUAAUUCAUAUAAAAAAUUUAUCGACAAUAUAUCACAUGUUUGAAAUAAUUUCAAAAGUCACGAAAUAUUUUAUUUUCUUGAUAAGUGCCGUCUCUCAAAACAGAUCUCCGCGAUUAGUUUCCGCCAAAUUUUCAAUGAAAAUGCGAACGAGUAGUUACUGUGAAUUUCCAAUUUAAGUGUUCGAUAUAGACCGGUGGAUGAUAAUCUUUUUACCUACUUAUCUAUUCCUCUGUGUGCACAUUACGAUAACAGGUAACUGUUCUGACCACGAACAGGAAUCAUUGGCGCAAGAAAUUGAAUUGGGAAAAUCUUUGGGUGGAGACAAACAUCCCAAUAUCGUUAAUUUCCUGGCGUGUGUUUCCACAUGCAGUAAGUGUCUAAGUAGUGAAUUUUCAAAGUAUCAUGUCGAAUCAUGUUUUUUUUCUUGGAGACCGGACAUAAUUUGUCGGCUGGGGAGAGGGGGUGAAGAACCUGGGAGGGGGGGGUUGGGGAGCAUGAUGUUCAGAGGUAAAGGAGAUGGGGAUCAUUUUUCGUCAAUAGAGUAUAAAGGAAGAACUGCAGAAUAUUGACAAUCAAUGAACUGCCAACAAGGGGGAAUCAUAAGAAUAUUACAGAGCCUUGUGGAGGAUCAGGUAAUUUUUACAGUGUCACAACCGAAAUCCUCCAAACCCACCAUGCGACAAGGAAGUUUUGGAACCAUAAGAUAAAACCAAGAACGCAGUGUAUUUCACUCUUCUUUACAUUUUGAUUUUUUUGAUUCACUUCUCUAUUCAUCAAUGUAUUCCUUUUUUCUUGCAUCUAUUCAUUCAUUCAUUUAUUUGAUCGUUCAUUCGAACAUUUUCAUUUUCAUUUCUUGCUCUUUACAGCUAUUCUUUUAUAUCACAUAAUUAUAAGUGUCGUUGUUAUGUUACAGCACCUAUGAUGUUGGUUUUGGAAUAUGCUCCAUACGGGGAUGUGCUUGGCUAUCUCCGGAAAAGCAGAGGAGUGGAAGAUCAGUUCUAUUGUUCCCCAGAGUGUUGCCAGCAGGAAGUGACUUCAUACGAUCUGCUUAGUUUUGCACAACAGAUUGCUUCCGGAAUGAGUUUUCUGGCAUCAAAGAAAGUAUGUGUUUGCUUAAACGCUAGGAAAUGUCUGAGAUGUAUUAUUCUUCGUCAAAUGUAAAUAGAAAUUUCCCUUAAUUUUUCCUACGAUUCACAACUGGUCUCCUAAAAAUUUCUCAACACCUUCCUAAGGAAAGUUAAUACUUCGGUUCCCGAAGGCUGAUUGAUGUACUCUUCCUUUUUAUGGCCAACAGUUGUAGCUACUAUGGUUUAACAACACCGGUCGAGAAGCACUGUUUAUGUUUAGCACUGUUGGUUUCCUACGCUUAUCUCCCAACCUCCCGCGUGUUUUCAUCAGCCUAUGUAAACACGGAAACCAUUUUACAUUUCUUCAUUCAGCUUUGCAUUGCCUAUGCAUUUCCGCUCAAAGCAAUUCUGCAAUUUUCAGAUCCUUCAUCGUGAUCUCGCUGCAAGAAACGUUCUGUUGGGAGCAGACAGGAUUUGUAAAAUUACCGACUUUGGACUGGCUCUGAUAAGGGAUAAAUAUCAGCAGUAUCUUUACUGCACUGCCGUUAGAAAGGUAACUGUACUUGUUAAAUCUUUAACUUCUCUGAAUGGGUGACUUUAAUCGCUUUUCAUGGAGGAACAAAGACAAUAACUCGAGCUGACACUAAAUCAACUUUUUUAUUCGUGCAUACCUACUAUUGCAGUGUUUUCUCUAUUUAGUUUCAUUAAUUUCGUUAUCAUUUCCCAAUUCAUAGGGUCGCCUCCCGAUCAAAUGGACCGCCCCUGAGCAUCUUUUUAAAGGUUCUGACGAAAAAAACGUCAGAGUGUCAGAGAAAAGUGAUGUGUAAGUUAACUAGCUAAGGGGUCAUCUUUUAACCAUUUAUCUCCCAUGAGUGACCAAGACAGAAUUUCUCCUUACAAUAUCAACAUAAUAUCAAGCAGAUAACUGAUGAGAACAAAGAAAGGUCUUAAUUAGGGGAUUAUUAGUUGAUCCAAUACCAAAUUCUCCAAACUUACACCAGAAGAACUAUGUGGAAAACAGUAAGGAGAAUUACUAAUGAGAUCUUGGGAGUUAAAAGGUUAAUGAAAGUGAAAUUUUUUUCCUUGAGCUUUCUAAUGAGUGUUUUAGCUCGAUUCUUUUUUAACUUUUCUAAAAGGUCUGUGAAUGCACUCGUACGAGAUCCUCAAGAAUACCUUGAAUCUUUUUCUUGUUCGUUGCUAUUUUUUUCAGCCUAUGUAAGUGUAUUGAAACGAAAAACGUUUGUGGAAAGCUUCUAACUUAUGCUUGUCGUAUGGCAUUACCUUUACAAGUGAUUUACGCCAUUUCUUUUUGAAAAAUGUUACCUUUCGGCGAAAGCCGACGUCCGUGGUUUUGUGGAGUGAUAUGACGUCAUUUCACUGUCUGUACUCAUUGACAAUGACUUUCGAACAAUUGGUACAAGAUAUUUUAUAAUUAUUUGUUAAUUUCACAUUGUUUUAUUUUCUCUUUUUAAAAUAGUUGGUCAUACGGCAUUGUUCUGUUUGAAAUAUUUACUCUAGGUGAGUUGCAUAACCCUCAGCGUUAAAUGCAGUAUUGACACUGUUCAUGAAACCUCUACUGUUUGUCGUUAGGCACUUCUGAAUGACGGUUUCUCCAAAACUCGUCACUUUUUCUACACCCUUGCGGUUACACUUUUUGCAAUUACCGCUUUCGGGCUUAAGUUGAAAAAGCGCUUAACCCAUAGGGAUAUCAGUCCAUUUCUUAAAAGAAAAGGGAUUUCUAUUAUCCACUCAUUAUUUGUUUUCAUCACAUUUGGACGUGCGUCAUGAAAACUAGGUCGAGUACAUCAAAUCCAGACUUCCAUGUUUACCUAUGAGUCUCCUUGGGUAUAAAGGAAGAAUAUCCGGCAAUAACCAUAAACCUUGGUUUUGUGUACUAAACCCAGUGUUCCUGGUUUCCCGUCCAAAUAUACCGACUUGAUACCAUUUCUUUUAAUAGGAGGCGUGCCUUAUCCGGGGUGGAACGAAUGGAAAGUUGUGUAUGAACUGAAAGUGAACAAAUAUCGGAUGCCUCAACCAGAACAUGUCAGUGAUGAACUGUAAGUGCGAAUUAACCAAUCUUAUAAGAUUGGUGACUCCUAUGGAUUUCUAUCUUUUAUUGUUGCCUAAAUUAUAUCCCUACAAGAGGCAAGAAAAUAAUUUUAUGUCGUCUUUUUAGCUAUCUCAAAACAAAUUUCUUUAAAAAAUAGCAAUAUAACUGAAUAGUGAAUAAAACUUUAGAACUGAACGGAACCAUUGAACCUAGCCGAUCAAAACUUACAAACGCCUUCUAAGCCCUUAAUGGUUCCCAAAGGCAAUGACGAAACUGGCCAAAAAUUUCUAAACAGUCACACCUAUGAUCAAAUUACCCGGUCGACAAUAAAUUUUUGGUCCUGUUUUUUUCCUUCGAUACCCCUAAUCUGUAGAUAUCAGCUUAUGGCGGAUUGUUGGAACGAAGACCCUGACGCCAGACCCACGUUCGAUCAUCUUCAUGAAGUAAUGACUGGGUUUUUGCAGGAAGAGGUAACUAUUAGCAUUAGACAAAAUACUCUCCUGAUUUGCUUGUCUAUUCAUGCCAUCUCAAAAAGCGUUCCAUUUAGUCAAGUCUGAAUUUGAUCCAUUGCGUGGCUUAAGAUUGACAAUUGUCUCGAAUGGCAAGCCUCCAUAUGUGGACAGUAGGGGCACGAAUUUCCCAAAGUAACUGGCAGAGGAUAGAAAUAAUCUGUAUAGUAUCAAAUUCUACUGUGAAAGGCCUAUAUAUACUUAUUCUUCAAGAAUGUUUUAGUAGCGGCUAGUUGCCGACCCUAUGAUAUAGUGUGUGUAGGAGCUGCAAUGUGUUCAUAGUCGAAUAAUAAGAAGGCUUAUUAAUUUUAUAGAGUAAGGGUCUCCGUUGUUAGGAUUUCCUCACUACUUCUUUUGAAUGUUGCAGUAUUAGAUGUCUUUUAAUUCCAUGCCAUUUUUUCAGCACUAUGUGGAUAUGUCAAAGUAUGAACCAAGUCUUUAUGCAAAUGUGGAGGAAAUGGUCACUUCUUCAGGUCUUGCUUCCUUUGAUAAUUUGACGACUGUGCUGUAG